AAAGAAAAGGGCACAGCAAUAAGUUCGUAACAAAAGAAGAUAUCAAGGAAAUUGAACAAAAACUGGUCUUAAUGCACAGUUUAUUCCAAAACUGUUUAAGAGACACGUGUAACAAGUUUUAUCCAGAAGACUGUCAGGACCUCUUACUGAAAGGAUACAGGGAAAGCAAGGUGUACACAAUUUUCCCAAAGACAGGACUUGCAUACUAGGUUUAUUGUGAUCAGGAGACAGACGGGGGUUGAUGGAUGGUUAUACAAAGGAGACAGGAUGGAUCAGAGGAUUUCUUCAGGACAUGGAAUGAGUACAAAAACGGGUUCGGAAGUCUGGGAAAUGAAUUCUGGCUAGGUAACGAUAAAAUCCAUACAAUUACAUCAUCGGGAAACUACAAGUUAGGAAUCGAUCUGAAGGAUUUCUCCGGAAAUUCCAGAUAUGCAACCUACAAUAUUUUCAGUAUCGGAGAUGAGCGAUCUGGGUAUAUUUUAAACCUUGUAGAUUAUAAUGGAAACGCUGGAGAUUCAUUGAUGACUAGACAUAAAGGAUCAAAAUUUGCCACAAAGGAUCGUGAUAAUGCACACGGUUGUGCAAAGCAAUAUAAAGGUGGUUGGUGGUAUCAAAAUUGCCAUCGAGCUAACUUGAAUGGUCUGUACUUAAGAGGAGAGCAUAAAUCGUAUGCUGACGGCGUGGAAUGGUAUUACUGGACAGGAUAUCACUAUUCCCUGAAGUUUACUGAGAUGAAAAUCCGGAAAACAAAUGCCAAGAGUGUAGACUCAGAAAUAGAGACGGGCAAUAUAAGAAAUUGUCGGAAAUUCAGUAAAGAAAAUUUAACAAUGAUGAUGAGCUUUAUGCCUAUUUUGUGAAAAAAAUAGACACACAAGACAAUAAAUUUUUCCUUUACAUGUCCUUUAUUUUGUGUUGUCAAUGAUUUAUUAUCAUACAUUACGUAUUUACUGUAAACAUGGUUAUUUUCGCCCCGUUUUCAUACUUUCAUACUUGCAAAUAAU